GCGCGGACCGCGGCUCCCGGAGCGCGGAGGGCCGGGUGGGUCUCCUGGGAUUGGGGUGCUCCCGUGCCCGGAGCUUGCGUCCCCUGCGCCCCCGCCAUGCGCCCACCUCGCCCCCGUGCCGCGCUGCUCGCGCUCCUGGCCGCGUCCCUCGCGGCCGCCGAGGUUCCGCACCUGGUGCGCGUGGACGCGGCCCGCGCGCUGCGUCCCCUGCAGCCCUUCUGGAGGAGCACCGGUUUCUGUCCCCCACUGCCGCACAGCCAGGCUGACCGGUAUGACCUCAGCUGGGACCAGCAGCUCAACCUGGCCUACGUGGGUGCCGUCCCUCAUGGUGGCAUGGAACAGGUUCGGACCCACUGGCUGCUGGACCUCAUCACGGCCAGGGGGUCAGCCAGGCAGGGCCUGAGCUACAACUUCACCCACCUGGACCGGUACCUGGACCUUCUCAGGGAGAACCAGCUCGUCCCAGGCUUUGAGCUGAUGGGCAGCCCCUCCGGACGCUUCACUGACUUCGAGGACGAGCGGCAGGUGUUCGAGUGGAAGAACCUGGUUUCCCUCCUGGCCAGGAGAUACAUCGGUAGGUACGGCCUCAAGCACGUUUCCAAGUGGAAUUUCGAGACGUGGAACGAGCCGGACCACCACGACUUUGACAACGUGUCCAUGACCUUGCAAGGCUUCUUGAACUACUACGACGCCUGCUCCGAGGGUCUGCGAGCCGCCAGCUCGGCUCUGCGCCUGGGCGGCCCCGGAGACUCCUUCCACCCGCUGCCGCGCUCCCCGCUCUGCUGGGGCCUCCUGGAGCACUGCCACAACGGCACCAACUUCUUCACCGGGGAGGUGGGCGUGAGGCUGGACUACAUCGCCCUCCACAAGAAGGUCAAGCCCGGGAUCCCCGCCCUUCCGUCCGUCCCCGCCCCCAACCCAGCCUACGCGGGGGUCCCCCGCACGCGGCAACCCCAGAAUGCCCGCCUGCUGCCUGCAGCCCCGCCGCCCCUCCGCGGCGGUCUCGGGGGUUGCUCAGGCGGGGCCUCUGCGCAGGGCGCGGGCAGCUCCAUCUACAUCCUGGAGCAGGAGGCGGCGGUCGUGCGGCAGAUACAGCGGCUCUUCCCCAAGUUCGCGGACACCCCCGUUUACAACGACGAGGCCGACCCGCUGGUGGGCUGGUCCCUGCCGCAGCCCUGGAGGGCCGACGUGACCUACGCUGCCAUGGUCGUGAAGGUCAUCGCACAGCACCAGAACCUGCUGGUGGCCAACACCAGCUCCUCCGUCCGCUACGCGCUCCUAAGCAACGACAACGCCUUCCUGAGUUACCACCCGCACCCCUUCUCUCAACGCACGCUCACUGCGCGCUUCCAGGUCAACAACACGCGCCCGCCGCACGUGCAGCUGCUGCGCAAGCCGGUGCUCACGGCGAUGGCCCUGCUGGCCCUGCUGGACGGCGAGCAGCUCUGGGCUGAGGUGUCGCGGGACGGGACGGUGCUGGACAGCAACCACACGGUGGGCGUCCUGGCCAGCACCCACCACCCCGUGGGCCCCGCCGAUGCCUGGCGCGCCACGGUGCUGGUCUACGCGAGCGACGACACCCGCGCCCAUGCCAACCGCAGCGUACCCUUGACUCUGAGCCUGUACGGGGUGCCCCCGGGUCCGGAGGUCGUCUUUGUCCAGCUGUACAUGGACAACCGGCUCUGCAGUCCCUACGGCGAGUGGCGGCGCCUGGGCAGGCCCGUCUACCCCUCUGCUGAGCAGUUCCGGCGCAUGCGCGCGGCCGAGGAUCCCGCGGCCGUGAUGCCGCUCCCUUUUCCCAGCAGCGGCCGCCUGACGCUGCGCCCAGAGCUUCCUCUGCCCUCGCUCUGGCUGGUGCACGUGUGCGCGCGCCCGGAGGAGCCGCCGGGGCAGGUGACCCGGCUCCGCGCUCUCCCCUUGACCCGCGGGCAGCUGCUUUUGGUCUGGUCCGAUGAGCGUGUGGGCUCCAAGUGCCUGUGGACCUACGAGAUCCAGUUCUCCCCGGAGGGUGUGGUGUACCUGCCCAUCAACAGGAAGCCUUCGACCUUUAACCUCUUUGUGUUCAGCCCAGACACGGCUGUUGUCUCCGGCUCCUACCGGGUUCGUGCUGUGGACUACUGGGCCCGACCAGGCCCCUUCUCGAGCCCCGUGUGGUACCUGGGGGUCCCUGCCCCAUGAGGGCCACUGCUGCCCCGCGACUGGACCUGUGCUGACCGUAAGCCUGGGUGGCCAGAAGCCAUGCUGGGCCAGAGUGCCGUCAGCCGGUCAUCCCCUCUGUUUGUCCCCUCCUGCCCCUCAUUCACCCCCUUAAAGUGCCUUUCCACGCACAGUAAUGGGGACGGCCUUCGUGGUGGGCACUGGGCAGACACGAGGCCUGGCUGGAGUGAGGCCAUCCCCGCCUCGCCCCACCCCUGCCUGUGGGAGCCGGGAUGGGACUCGGGUCGAGCGCAGACAGGUGUGAGUUGCCCAGCCCUGCGCGCCUGGGGUCUCUGGCGUCACCGCUGGGUGCAGCAGGCCCCAUUCCCAGCCCCUGCGCCAGGAGGGCCCAGAGGGUUCCCACUUCCUGAGGCCCAGCCCGGCUGCCCCCUGCACCCUGCCUGGCCCAGACUGUCCCCAGUUGCAGGGGAGGCCGACAGUGUCCACUCCUGCAGUCAUCUGGGCUCCUUACCUGGGUCCAGGAGGAAGCAGCACGCCCAGAAGAGGGCGACUUGGGGACUGUGGAUGGACAUGUGGACGGGGGCAGGGAAGCCACGAGGGGUGGUGUGGAGCCCUGGGGUUCCUCCCCAACCCCCACGCCCAGCCCAGGCCACCUGGUGAGGCCACGUGGCGAGGAGCGGGGGUGCAGCCAGUCUGGAGCGAUGCAAGCGGGAGUGGGGGCUCCGACCCACCCUCCUCUCUCUGCUGCCCUCCGAGCCGCCUGGGCUCAGGGAUGGGUGAGGCAGGCCUGGCAGGGCACACGCAAGGCAAGGCCCAGUCACCCCCGGCUCCUGUCCGCAUGGAAAGGGCGGGGCACCAGGGCCCACCAGCGGCCUCAUCCUGGGCUGGGGAUGUCAGCGUGAGCGUUCUCCACCUGAACCCCAAAGCCAGCACCUGUCCCCAUUGCCCUUGGCCGCUGGGGAGGCUUCAGGGCUUGGUGCCUGGGGCCCCGCUGUUACAUACAAGGGGUGCUGGGGUGCCCAGUGGGCCCCCGGUCUCUGGGCGUUGUCUUCCUGCCUCGUCAGGAAGCUCUGGCUGCAUGCGGCUACGUGACCAAGCACCACGGUGGGCAGGCGGCCCGUACAGCAGAGGCUCAUUCUCUCGCAUCCUGGAGGCCGCAGCCUGAGGGCAGGGGUUCCUCCUGAGGGCGCUCUCCUUGCCUUGCGGACGGCCGCCUCCCCCCCGUGUCCUCACAGGGUCGUCCCUUUGUGUGUGUCUGUGUCCUGAUCUCCUCUUCUUAUAAGGACACCAGCCGUGUGGGAUUCAGGCCCACCCACAGGACCUCAUUUGAAUCACCUCUUUAAAGCUCUCUCUCCAAAUAAGGCCACAGUCUGAGGUACUGGGGGUGAGAGCGGCAGUGUAUGAACCGGAGGGAUCCAGUCCGGUCGGUAGCGGUGGGAGGAAUGCAUCACUCCGGCGUUAAAGCAGCCUCUUCUUGGGAUACAGGCUGCUAUAUAUAAAAUAUAAGCAAUAGGCCCUACUGUAUAGCACAGGGAACUGUAUUCAAUAUCGUGUAAUAAACCGUAAUAGAAAAGAAUGUGAAAAGGAAUAUAUAGAUUGGCUUGGCCAAAAAGUUCAUUUGGAUUUUUCCGUCAGAUCUUAUGGAAAAACCCGAACGAACUUUCUGGCCGACCCUAUAUAUACAUGUAUAUAACUGAAUCACUUUGCGGUACACCAGAAACUAAUGGAACGUUGUAAAUCACCUAUACUUCAAUUAAAAAUUUUUUUAAAGCA